AUGACGUGGAAGUCACGUGAUACAUGUGAUCUGCUCCGUCAGAACGGUGUCUGUUUGUAUACCAGGAAACGAAAGCGUUCCAGUAGAGUACAGAGUCCGAAUACUGUGGUGAUACAUCCUCAGAAUGCAGGGGAUGGAAAUGCAGUCCUGACUGCAGCUUCAAGGUGGAGUAUUAAUGGAGAUGAGUUUGCAACCAUUCAAGUUCUGAGAAAUGUAACUAAUAACUUCAGUGAGGAAAAUAUAUUGGGAAAAGGAGGUUUCGGGACUGUUUACCGAGGGGAAUUGCACGAAGGGAAGAAAAUUGCAGUCAAACGGAUGGAAUCCGGAGUGGUGAGUGAGCAGGGCUUGGCAGAGUUUAAGUCUGAGAUUGAAGUUCUUACUAAAGUUCGACAUCGCCAUUUGUUGGCACUCCUUGGUUUUUGCUUGGAUGAAAAUGAGAGGCUUCUUAUUUAUGAAUACAUGCCUAUGGGAACCCUCAGCAAGCAUCUGUUCAAGUGGAAGGAGGAAGGUUUGAAACCACUCGAGUGGCCAAGAAGAUUGACCAUUGCCCUGGAUGUCGCCAGAGGUGUUGAGUAUUUACAUGGUUUAGCACAUCAAAGUUUUAUUCAUAGGGACCUUAAACCAUCUAACAUUCUUCUCGGAGAUGAUAUGAAGGCUAAGGUUGCAGAUUUUGGAUUGGUCCGACUUGUUCCAGAUAAUGGAAAACAUUCAAUUGAGACAAGAGUAGCUGGCACUUUUGGGUAUCUUGCUCCAGAGUAUGUAGUUGAAUGUUAUGUAUAUGACUUGACAGAGACUGGACGAGCGACUAUUAAGGUUGAUGUAUAUAGCUUUGGAGUAAUCUUGAUGGAGUUAAUCACAGGUAGAAAAGCCGUUGAUGCAUCUGACCCAGAAAAUGUUGUGCAUCUGGUUACAUGGUUCCGCGAAAUGUGUAGUAACAAGAACACAUUCCAGAAGGCCAUUGAUCAGAGUAUUGAACUCAAUGAGGAAGCGCUAGCCAGUAUAACCACAGUUGCUGAGUUGGCUGACCACUGCUGCGAAAAAAACCCGUACAAAAGGCCUGGAAUGGGUCAUGUUGUACAAGUUCUAUCAUCUUCAGCUGAAUUGUGGAAACCAACAGAAACAAUUUCUUAUGACAUGCAUGAAAUGGAACUUGACAUAGCCUUACCUAAAUCCCAUUCAUUGCAGCCAGAAUCACUUUCGCCUCUGUCUGAGGUGCAGGCGUCGCACCAUUCUUUAUAA